CACCCACCAAGUCUUUCUUUACACUUAUUUUAUUUUAUUAUUUAGCUUACAAUUAUUUCUUACUCUAUUCAUUGUUGCAUAUGUAUUCAAAUUGAUUGUUGAAUCCCUAGUUCAAGCUUCCAUGGGAAACUCGCAAGCCAAAAAGCGUCACAUUCCCUCUCCCACCGUAACCAGAAACUUGUCACCACAACCACGACCGUCGUCAUCGCCGGAAUCAUCAAGAAAACCACCGCGAGAGCCACCCCCGGUGCAACAUCAUGGUUCUGGAAAACUAUCUGCGAAAGAGAAAUACGCUCUGAUUCCUGAUAACUUCACUACGCUUGAACAGGUUACAACUGCCUUGAGGAACGAAGGUUUAGAAUCAUCAAAUCUUGUUCUUGGAAUUGAUUUUACGAAAAGUAAUGAAUGGACUGGAAGUAUCUCAUUCAACAAUAAAAGCCUACAUGCUAUUGGAAGUACACCUAACCCGUAUGAGAAAGCCAUCUCUAUCAUUGGCAAGACUCUGGCUCCGUUUGAUGAUGACAACUUGAUUCCUUGUUUUGGCUUUGGUGAUGCCACCACUCAUGAUCAAGAAGUGUUUAGCUUUCACAGUGAUCAUUCAUCUUGCCAUGGAUUUGAGGAAGUUUUGGCUUGUUAUCACAAAGUUGUUCCAAACUUAAGACUUUCAGGACCAACUUCUUACGCUCCAGUGAUUGAGGCUGCAAUAGACAUAGUUGAGCAAAGUCAUGGCCAAUUCCAUGUGUUAGUUAUUGUUGCAGAUGGCCAGGUUACGACAAGCGGUGACGAUGGAGAACUAAGUCCACAAGAAGCAAGAACUAUCAAAGCAAUAGCUGAUGCAAGUUCAUAUCCCCUGUCUAUUAUUCUGGUCGGAGUUGGUGAUGGACCUUGGGAUGACAUGAAGAAGUUCGAUGACAAGAUUCCGGUUCGCGACUUUGACAAUUUUCAGUUUGUUAACUUCACUGACAUAAUGUCUAAGAAAUCAAGCUCCUCUGAAAAAGAAGCUGCUUUUGCUCUGGCUGCUCUAAUGGAGAUACCUUUCCAAUAUAAAGCAGCCAUUGAACUAGGACUACUAGGUCGAGUAACAGGAAGGUCAAAUAAAAUUGUUCCGAGACCUCCUCCAGCUCCUUAUUCUAGGCUUGUGCCACCAGCUCGUGUUCUCAGCAAUAUGCCAACUUCCAUGGAUGAUGAGAGAAAUCAAAUGGUACACAUAAGAUUGAAACCUAGAAGAUUCAUUAUAUUCUCUUUUAUCACUUUCUAGUUUGUCAAACUAUUAAACAAAGUAAUAUGUUUUGGUUACUCCCCUGUAGUUAACACUUUUUCAACUUAUCUAAACCUUUGUGUCACUAAACCUCUAAAUUUUGAGUUGAAGGGAUCACAUGUUAUAGCCACAAUUUUUAUUUUAUGCUUGUGACAAAAACUUUUGUGGGUAGGCUGAAAAAAGGUUAC